UCGGGGUUUAAACCUUGAAGCCUGAGCGUUUGAUGAAAUCGGGUACAGUUUCAUCGAUCUGCCAUGUUUGGUGUGAGAAGUUUUUGCAAUGGAAUUCGAAAUUCGAGGUGUGGAAAAAUCUGGAAUCAUUCUCUGUCUCUGGACCUCUCUAGAAACUUCCGAGCUGAGCUCUCGAAGACGACGACGAUGAAGGCGGCGGCAGGGAAGCAGAAGCGGGUUGGGACCCACAAUGGAAGCUUCCACUGCGACGAAACCUUAGCUUGCUUCCUCAUCCGUCUCUCCCCCAAGUUCUCCGGUGCCCAUAUCGUCCGUACCAGAGAUCCCCUGGUAUUAGAGACACUUGAUGCAGUUCUUGAUGUGGGAGGUGUCUAUGAUCCAAAAACUGACCGAUAUGACCAUCAUCAAAAGGGCUUUACCGACGUGUUUGGCCAUGGAUUUAACACUAAACUCAGCAGUGCCGGCCUUGUCUAUAAGCACUAUGGCUUGGAGAUAAUCGCUAAGGAGCUGCAACUUGAUCAGGGACAUCCCGAUGUUCAGCGAUUGUUCCUCGCUAUCUACAAAAAUUUCAUCGAGGCUGUAGAUGCUAUUGACAACGGAAUCCAUCAGUAUGGCACUGACCAGCCUCCAAGAUAUGUAAACAGUACGAGCUUGGCACAUAGAAUUGGGCGUUUGAACUUAGACUGGACCGAACUCGAUCAAUCUGCCGAGAAGGAAGACGAGGCCUUUCACAGGGCAAUGGAACUUGCUGGCUCAGAAUUCUUGGAGUGUGUGCAUUUUCACGCGAAAUCAUGGUUACCUGCUCGAUCAAUUGUCAAGGAGUGUAUUGCAGAGCGGCAGGAGGUAGACUCCAGUGGAGAAAUAAUGGUUCUGAAGAAACAGUGCCCGUGGAAGCUCCACAUAUUCGAGCUUGAGGAGGAAAUGAAGAUAGAUCCUCCCAUCAAAUACGUUCUUUACCAGGACGAUAGAAGCCCAAACUGGAGAAUCCAGGCAGUGGCGGUUUCACCAGACAGAUUUGAAAGCCGGAAAGGGUUCCCGCUUUCAUGGAGGGGCCUCGAGAACGAGAAGCUUUCGGCCGAGACAUCCAUUCCUGGCUGUGUUUUCGUCCAUAUGAGCGGUUUCAUUGCUGCAAACCGGACCUAUGAUGGAGCUUUAGCAAUGGCAAGAGCCUCUCUCAUGUCCUAAAUACUACGGGGUCGGUCCGGUUAUGCUUGGUUUCUGGUACGGUUCUAUGUAAAACCGAUGAUGGGUUGGUGCAAACCAGACAUGGCUAACACCUAAACGGACUGAUGACAUUGGUUGGUACUGUUUCGCUUCUCUGUGAGAUAGAGAAUCGGUUUAGGGAUCAUUAGUGCAAACUAGAUCCAGCUCGGCUUGGUUUGCGAUCGGUUUUUGGAGCUAACCGCUGAUCGGUUUAGCACAUUCAUUUUGUAAACCGAAUGUUGACCCGGACUGUAACUGUAGCGAUUUGGUUUUUGUUUGACAGAAGAUGUUUACCAUGUCAUCAUUUAUUCUUCACA